AUGGUCACCUCCCUUCCCUGCGAUGUUCUCGGAGAAAUAUUCGCACAUUAUGCUCUCUCCGAGGACUUAUUUCAUCCAUUAGAGACACUUCUCCUCGUCUCUCGAUUCUGGCAUGAAGCGGCACUAAUCUACGGAGAAAUAUGGGCCACUUUCAACAUCGAAAUCGGGAAUUAUAAGUCUAUUCACAUAUGGAGAACCCGCCUUGGACGUCGUUUGGCUCGUGUGGGACCGACGAGGCUGCUGGACAUUACCAUUCGCAACGUCUAUAGUGUGCCGAAUCAUCCAUCUGCCUCAGACUUUCUGAAUGGGAACAGAAUGAAUCAAAAAGAACCCAUUUCUAAUCUCUCCCACAAUAUAUAUCAAGUCCGACAUUUCAUGCUCGACUUUCUCCAGGACCUCAAUGGCCGUGACGGCUCUUUGACCUGGAGGUGGCGGUCUCUUCAUCUGUAUUUUGGUGACCAUCCGUGGAACUACGACAGGGGUAGUAGCAGCGAGGUGACGCGGUUCUCAUGGAAGGUCCUCUCCUACCCAACCCCCGCGCUCGAAUCCCUCACGCUCGAGUAUAUCGAGACAAAUGGCAAUGACAGACGACGGCGGCAUCCUCUUCUCCCAUUCUCACCCAACCUUCGGACGUGUACUCUCUCCGAGUACUCUUUCUCCUUUUACCCCGACAUCUCGGCCGCGCGAGAAGUAACCAUCAUCCAUCCACGACAUCUACAGAAUACUACGAAUCGCCCUAGAAUCAAGCUCGGUAUGGCCGUCGAGAAACUUGUUCUUGGUCUCCCAUUCAACGGCGAGUGGACGUUACCACAGACGCUCCCUCAACUUAGGAGUAUAGAAGUUGGAAAAGGUGGCCCGCAGUGCAAUCUCGAAGAUCUCAAAGCACCGCAUCUGACUCAAGCAACCCUACGAAUCCAAAACGCAUUCUUUCUCCCAAACACUCUCUUAAAGGUCUCCUUCCUUUCCGCCGUCACGCAUCUAACGAUCCUCGACGAGGCGUCAACACUCAUCCUCCCCGCCCCACGACUCUCCAUCUCGCGUAUCCUGAGCGCGAUACUCUCCCUUGUUCACCUACGUACCAACGAAGCGGCUUUGCGUGGCGUUUUAGCACUCGUCAAGGAUUCAAGAAGUCCUCAGACAAACCCAGACGGGACAUUUGGCGACGUCGAUCUCAGCACCUGUCCUUUUCAGCUCCGACGCUUGCGUGUGUCGUGUGUAGACUUUGAGGGGGACGCGGAGAUUUCGUCGGACAUGGAUUCAUGGGUAGCAGUGUUUCGACUUCUACGUGCCUCGACACUGUAUACGCAGAAUCCCGACAUUGCGAAGAUGAUUGAAGGUUUGACCUCCCUCUCGUAG